AUGGGAUGCCUUUGUAACUUCAAGAUUAGGGAGAAACUUGAGUACAAUCAUCGAUUGUCUCGAAAAGGAUAUGCUGGUUUGGAGGAUCAAUUGGAGGAAACCAUGCCUGGGGUAGAAAUUGAUCGAUCUACCUUAUGGAAGAAAGCUAGACAGGACAAACAUGGUAACAUCCCAGAUCCAAAGGUGGCAGAGAAAGCAAAAUUAAUUGAUGAAUUGCAAAAACAAGUGGCUGAAGGCAGUCUUAGUGUAUCUGGCAGUAAUGAUGUGUUGACCUUGGCUUUGGGUCCGAGCAUCCAGGGAGAUGUAAGAAUUGUCGUUCAAGAAGUGACUAAGAAGAUGGAAGCUAGAUCAAGGGAAGAGACUUUAAGGAUGGAGGCUAGAACCAAGCAAUUGGUAGAGGCUGAGAGGGAACAUUUACUAAGUCAGCUUUCCCAACUCAUCCCCAAUUUUGAUCCAAGCAUGCUUAAACCGAAAACUAGCCCCUGUCAAAACCAAGGUGUAGAGCAAAGUCCCAAAAAUCCAAUGUCUGACAAAGCAAGCUGUUCUGGGGCUGAUGUGAGAUCCCUACAUUUAGAGGAUGAUACUGCCAAAAAUGGGGAACAACAGGAAGAAACGAAAAUCAAGAUGAAGAGAAGAAAGAAGAAAAAAAAGAUGAAGAGAAGAAGGGAGAAAAAAAAAGAUGAAGAGAAAGAGAAAAAUGAUGAAGAGAAGAAAGAAGAAAAACAAGAUGAAGAAAAGCAUGAAGAAGAGGGUAAUGAAGAAGUUGAUUAUUCAAAUCUGGAGGUGCCAUCUUCCUUACAAUCCCUUUGUCAUUAUGUGGAAACGACACUAAAGCCUCAGGAGAAGAUCAUGACCUUCACAAUUGAGAAGGAGGUGUUUGGUGCAGAUCGCAGUACCUUCGUCUUGCCUGAAGAUAUUACACAAUUUGCAGGCAUGGAAGAAAUUGGGGCUACUGUGGUUGCAGUAUAUAUGAGUUGCUUAAAUGAUUGUUUGAGAGAAGCAAAUAUGUGCACCAUGGUUGGCUUUAUCGACCCUGCUCAAGUUAGUGCCAACGCUGGGUCACUAACUGACAGAUCACGAAUUGUAGCCAGUCGACUUCAGAAAACAGAUGGUGAACAGAUUUUCAUGAUGCCUUACAAUCCAGGCCGUCAUUGGGUCUUGCUGAUUGUGAGAGCAAAGAGGGAAACCGUCUAUUUUCUGGAUCCUCUGCCUGGAAAUCGUGUGGUUGAUGAGGAGGGCCAAAACAUUGUGAACAGUGCUUUAAAAAUUUAUAAUUCCCACAUAGGCAGACCAGGCCGUAAAGCACCAAUUUGGGAAAACUCUGCCAGGCACACCAAAGCAACCCAGCAGUGUCGAAUGCGGGUAUUAUGUGAUGCGCUUCAUGAGGGACAUCAUCAUGGAUCCUUCCUUGGAGUUUGA